AGACAAUUCUUGGCUAGAAGUAAUUUCAUCUGGAACACUGUGAACCAUUUGAAAAAAGCUGGCCAUUGUGUAACAAAAUGCAUCAUAUCUGCAGAUUGCCCCAGCCAGCCAGCGAUUCUAUUUUGACAGCAAAACUGACCUCAAAACUCAUCAUAAUUUUGAACAGCUGGUUAUGCAUUGAUCAGAGUACAUCAUAUGAAAUAAUAUCUCCUAGACAUCAGGGAUUUAUAAAAUGGAAAAAGCAUCUAGAACUGAAUCAAAACGAUGAAUAGGAGGAGUAUUUUAUCAAUGUUUUUGAUUGAAAAAAUUUAAAUUCAAUCCAACAUGGCGGACAUUUUAGGCGUAAAUUAUGCAGCCAUUCAAUGGCUUGGAAGUUACUUAAUAUGGGAAUCCAAUGAAAUAUAAGGAAUAAUUUAUAAAGAACAUACCUCAGACUUGAAUUUCGUCGGAUAUCAGGUCGAAAAGAUUAGUAUUAGUGCCCAAAUUCAAUCAAAAAUUGACUUCUUUCUACACGUUGAAAAAUUACCCAGAAUCCAAGAUGACUCACGAACUCUCGCGGAAAAAACGAGAAAUAACGAGAUUCAAGAUGUCUGCGCCCAUCACUCAAGUCGUUUUUGUCGAUAAAUCGUAAUACACUGUUAGUUUGACAGAAGAAAAUCUGAUCCGAUAUGGCACUAAACAAGUUUAUGCAUCCUCGGAACCCUUAUAAACAUCGCAAACCAGACUUUAAGGCACUUGCCAUCAAAUAUUCUGAUUUCCGAAGACAUGUGACACAAGACUUGUCAGGUAAAGUCCACAUGGACUUUAAGAGUCCAGAAUCACAGAGGGCAUUGACCUUGACCUUGCUAAAAGAGGAUUUUGACCUUGACCUUGAACUUCCACUCGACAGACUCAUCCCAACAGUACCACAAAGACUGAACUAUAUUCUGUGGCUUGAGGAUAUAAUGAGUAAAAAGGAAGGAUUAUUUGGUGUGGAUAUAGGUACAGGAGCAUCAUGUAUCUACCCUCUGCUAGGUUGUAAGACCAACAAAUGGAAGUUCAUUGCGUCUGAUAUUGAUGAUAUAAACAUCUAUUUUGCUGAAAAGAAUGUAAAAGCAAACCAAAUGGAAGAUUCUAUAAAAGUUGUAAAGGUGGCGCCAGAAUCAUCCCUCACUGAUCUUAUUCAGCCAAUCACAAAUGACGUAGACUUCAUAAUGUGUAAUCCACCAUUUUUUGCCAAUAACCUUGAGGCCCAGGGAAUAUUAACCACUCGUAAAGAUGAUCGCCCAGAGCCGUCUGCUUUUUCAUCAGCCCAUGAUUCAGAAAGUGUAACCCCUGGAGGUGAAGUUGAAUUUGUGAAAAAGUUGAUACUGGAUAGCAGGAAGUUGAAGAGUAAAGUGAGAUUAUAUACAUCGUUAUUAGGGAAAAAGUCAAGUCUACCUGAACUGAAGAGCUUCCUGAAGGACAACAAGGUCCCAAAUUUUGGCACUACUGAAUUCUGCCAAGGUCGAACUAUGCGAUGGGGUAUUGGAUGGUCAUUUGACAAAAGCAUACAAUUUCCAAAAUCCCAUAUGCAGGAAGAACAGAAAAAGAAGCGACCUCCAUUGACCUUUGACCUUGCAGUGUCAGAUGAAAAGUUUGACCUUCACUCAGUGAACCUAAAGAUGAUGUCAUGGAUUUCAGACUUACAGAUACCGUUUGAGAAAGUUGCAAAAUCGAAAACAAUGACAAAGUUACGACUUUAUCCAGUGACCAACACCUGGGCCAAUCAACGAAGAAAGCGAAGACAACGGCAUCGAAGUGUAUCACAAUCUCAAAACACUGUUGAAAUUGACAAUGAUAGGAAAGAGAAAAGUGCUGAACAAAGCAAUAAACUUAAUGUACCUAAUACUAAUGACAAUGUUAAUAUGAAAAAGGAAAACGUGAGCGAAGUGAAUGCUUGCGUUAAACAACCUGGGGAGACUGAAGAAAAUGUAAAUGCUACUGGAGAUGAAUGCAUUGAAACCGACCCUGAAAAGAUAGACCCAGUAGUGAGAGAUGGAACGAAAAGAAAAAUUGAACAUGACUCAGAUCAAGCUGAAAUGCCAAAAAGAUUAAAAGAAAAACAUGCCAUUGAAACUAAGGAUUUACCAAAUUACCCUAAUGAUGAUGCAGAACCUCAGACUUUGAAAAGAAAACUCAGUGAAGAUUCCUCUGUUGAAGACCCUAAGGCUGACAACCAAAGUAAAAGACUAAAAUACAAUGAUCCAAAGCCUUCUUCAUCUGGCAUACAAUCCUACACUAGUGGUGUAAAUCCUUCUUCAUCGGGUAUACCCUCUCAUUCCUCUGUAGCUAGCACUCCAUCUUCACCACCUGCUAAUAUGAUUAAUAACUUUGCAGAUCGAAUAGCCAAUAGAGUUGCUGAAGCAGUGAAAGACAUUGUUACGACAACUAUUGCAAAUAAUAUGGCUGUCUUUGCAGAGAGACUGAACAUACCAAUGCCAGAUCAUUGUGAGCAAACCCAAAAUCGAAAUAAUCCUUUCAGUAAUGAGAAUUUCACAGAAAGCAACUCUUACGAGUCGAAUAUCAAUUUAGUUUGUGAAUCAGCCACUAGGAGUUCUGAGCGUGAUGUCACACCAGAGGUUGUUACCCAGGAGCUAGGCAUUCAGAGGUCUAUUACAGGCAUUCUGGGUAACAUCUCUGUUUCAUCAGAUCCACUUCGAUUUCCUGUGCAACAACAAGGAGAUGGUCAAGCUACUGUUCCAGAAACUAGGAAUCAGAAUGAAUCAGUAUCACAGAGAAUAGCCACAAAUAAUGAUUUAGCAAACAUUGUUGCCCCGAACAGUAUAUCAAUGGACAAUGAAAAAUCCUUGGAAAGUAUAUCAGAGUCACAUCAAGUGGAUACGAAAAAAUCAAAUCAUGGUACUGGUUUAGAAAUGAGUGAUGGUGACAAAAUGGAUAAGGCUGCUUGUACCAAAAAUAAUGAAAAUGCAAGCGAAACAAAAUCAGAGUUAAAUAGAGUAGAUAGAAAUAUACCAUCUAAGAUUGGAACUAAAAUGAUUAUCCCAACAGAUAUUAAACCUGAAAAAGUAUGUGCAAACACUGAUGGUACAGCCUUAAAUGUAGACAUUGAUGAAACACAGGCAAGUGAAAUCCUAAAAACAAAAAUAAUUGCCCCAAUAGAUAGCAAACUUGAAAACGUUUGUGCUGAAACUGAUGGUACAACCUCAAAUUCAGACAGAGAUGAAACACACGUGAGUGAGAAACGCAAAACAGCUUUUGUGAGACCUGAAGACUGUUUGUUUGUCACAAUGUUGACUCUGUCAGUUAAACAAAAGGAACAGGUACAUUUAGAGAUGGAAUGGAAAGAAGGAAAUAGGGAGCUUAUGUAUCAAUUGUUCCAAUAUUUUGUAAACAAAUUGAAAUUAAUGAUCCAAGAAUAA